GUGCUGUUAGGUUGUGUGGACCCUGCGUGUACCUCUCUCAUACUCACUAGUGUUACUGUAGCGGCCUGUGCUUGUCAAUAGGGGAAGUGUGGAAGUCAGCAGUGUCGUGCAGGGUGACAGGCUCCCUCUGCUACAGCAUCCACCCGUACGCUGUCAGCCUGCACCCACCGGAUAACAUCGCCAUCUGGCUCGAUCCCCCACCACUGCGCAGCAGUGUCUCCGGACAGCCGAGCGGAGCUCUAGGCGUUGCUGCCGGCGUACAGAGCCCAGGGAUCAUUGGCAGUUCUGUCUUCUGCACUCCACCAUUGCAACACGGACGGAUCUGAGUGAGGGGUGGGAAAUUGUCAAGAUGGCAGCAGGAGCAGGGAGGCUGUGUGCCUAGUGCGUGGUAACAGCCACACAUGCGGGGUACCUGGAGGCCGGGACACGGCUCAAGUUACAGACCUGUGCUGGACCCGUACUGGCCGCGCCGAUAGAUAAGACUGGUUGGAAGCGAGCGGCCGCGGCGGCUGGGGAGCAGCAGUGCAGGGCUGGGGCUGCUGCUGACAAGUUGUGUGAGUGCGAUAAGGGGGCAUUGAUGCUACACCCUGUGGCUGCGGGACACUACAGCCUGAUAAUCUGCCGUCUCUCUGCAGCCAGAAGGAGCCGUGCGGCGGGGACAUGGAGUCCAUCUAGGGAGCCCGGGUCUUGUACCUGUCAUGAGCAGGGGGAGUGCGCCCGCAUAGCUGCUCCCUGCCUCGCUGGCCGGGUGAUGAUGCUGUGCUGUGCCGCUCACUGAGGAGCCUUCCCGCACGCCGCAACAGCCAGCCCCCCUCUCCCCCAGCCAUCGCCUCCCUCCCGGGGGCAGCACCCACAGCAUGGCAGCCGCUGCGUCCCCCGCCUCCCCGGAGAGGGACGUGGACAUAGACCCGGACUUUGAGCCACAGAGCCGGCCCCGAUCCUGCACAUGGCCCCUACAACGCCUGGACUCCCAGUCCAGUCCCUCGAAGCCUGGCGGCGAGGUCGGGGACACGUCCUCCAUGAUCCCGGAGGAAGAGGACGACGACGAGGAGGUGUCAGCCGCCUCAGGUGCCGCAGCGUGCGACUCGAUAGAGCGAGGGACCCUGCUGCUGGUGAGCGGCGGAGAUGUGGCGUCAAUGACCGUCCUGGCGGCUCCGGUCGGCGGGGUGGAGGCGGCACUGACGCCGAUAGGAGCGGGCUCUGCUAGCGGGGCGGCCGGGCAGCAGAGGAAGUGCUCGUCCCGCAGGAAUGCCUGGGGAAAUAUGUCCUAUGCCGAUCUGAUCACCAGGGCCAUCGACAGCUCCCCGGACAAGAGGCUCACCCUCUCCCAGAUAUACGACUGGAUGGUCCGCUCUGUGCCCUACUUCAAGGACAAGGGCGACAGCAACAGCUCUGCAGGGUGGAAGAAUUCAAUUCGACAUAAUUUGUCUCUGCACAGCAGAUUUAUUCGAGUUCAAAAUGAGGGCACUGGAAAAAGCUCAUGGUGGAUGAUCAAUCCAGAUGGUGGAAAAGGUGGAAAGGCACCCAGAAGACGUGCUGUGUCGAUGGACAACAGCAACAAAUACACCAAGAGCCGGGGUAGAGCAGCAAAGAAAAAAGCAACAAUGCAGGUGGCCCAGGAACCUGCAGAUGAUAGCCCUUCUCAGCUCAAGUGGCCAGGAAGCCCCACAUCACGCAGCAGUGAUGAGUUAGAUACAUGGACAGAUUUUCGUUCUCGUACAAACUCUAAUGCCAGCACGAUAAGUGGUCGUUUAUCUCCAAUUCCGGCUACCACUGAGCUUGAUGAUGUUCAAGAUGACGACUCUCCUAUAUCUCCUAUGCUGUACAGCCCUGGCAGUAUGUCUCCAUCCUUAAGUAAACCAUCCACAGUGGAAUUGCCAAGGAUAACGGAUAUGGCUGGAACAAUGAACUUGAAUGAUGGCCUCACAGAGAAUCUUAUGGAUGAUUUGCUGGAUGACAUUUCCCUCACUCCUUCUCAGCAAUCAUCUCCUAAUGUUGGAAUGCAGAGAAGUUCCAGCUUUACAUAUGGCACUAAGGGCUCAAGCCUCGCCUCUCCAUCCAGUAGCUUCAACAACACUAGUAGCUUCAAUUUUCCUUUGACCUCUUUGCGUCAGUCUCCAAUGCAAACCAUCCAAGAGAACAAGCAAGCAACAUUUUCUUCCUUAAAUCUUUACAGCAACCAGUCUCUGCAGGACCUGCUCGCCACAGACACACUUAGUCACAGUGAUGUGUUAAUGACUCAGUCUGAUCCACUUAUGUCUCAAGCCAGUACUGCAGUCACUGCUCAGAAUUCCCGUAGAAAUAUAAUUUUGAGGAAUGAUCCUAUGAUGUCUUUUGCAGCCCCAUCCAACCAAGGGGGAGGUCUGGUUAAUCAAAACUUGCUACACCACCAGCACCAGUCCCAUAACUCAUUUCUCGGUGGCAGCCGUGCCUUGUCCAACAGCAUAAACAUUGGUUUAAAUGACAGCAACAAUUUGGACUCAUCUAAACACCAGCAACAGUCCUCAGUCACUCAUUCUAUGCAAGCCCUCUCAGACACGCUCUCAGGAUCCUUGUACUCCACAGGCUUGAACCUUCCAGUGCAUGAAAAGUUCCCAACAGAUUUGGACCUGGAAAUUUUUAAUGGGAGCUUAGAAUGCGAUAUGGAAACUAUAAUUCGCAAUGAACUUAUGGAUGCAGAUGGGCUGGAUUUUAACUUUGAUUCGCUCAUCUCUGCUCAAAAUGUUAGCCUAACUGUGGGAAGCUUCACAGGUGCUAAGCAGACAUCAUCACAAAGCUGGGUACCAGGUUGAUGAGAUACAUGGAAGAGCCAGCUUGCCAGGACCAGGGGACUGACAAGAGACCCUUUACAUGAAACCCUUUGCCAAAACUGCUGUCAGUGAGCGGACAGUGAUACUGUUUACAGCUUAUGACCUUUUCCUGAAACCUGCAUCAAUUUCCUAACCUUGCAGAGACUACGAGAAGAAAUCCUUCAGCUCAAGUAAAGGUCCUUUCAGGAUAUUCCCCCCUCAUGAUCCAGUAUGCAAAGUCUUCUGCACAGGAUGAGACCGUAGACGGAAGAGUACAAUAUGCUCCUUGUGAGCACUGUGUCGUUAUACAGAGGUGUUUGUCAACAAAUUCAUAGUUGGUAUAGCUGCCACGCAUCACUUCCUCUCCCCACCUCCUCUACCAGCUGUAAUCUGCUUAAUCAAGGUGUUCAUUUCUUUUAUGGGGCUGGUGGUCAAUUUGUUGCAACCUUGACUUUGUGAGACUUACACGUUUUCUUAUUUUAUUUUGUACUUUUUUUUUCUCUCUUUUCUUUGUGAUACUAGCAAUGUGUUACAGAAAUACUCUGCUAGAAAUGUAAGCUAACAAUCAAUCUUAUACAAAUAUUGACUGCCUCCUCUGAUAUGCCAAAAGGCACAAUUUUCCAUAGGAGUGACUAUACCCAGUACUUUUAUUUCCGUUUGAAACCUACUUUUAGUUUGUUUUUGUUUUUUAAAGAUGAGGCAAUUCAGGGAUAAAUAUGUUACUGACAUGGUACUACUUCCUGUCACCUUAAUCGGCUGUAUACUGCUGUAAAUAUCCUGAUCAGUGCAGCUGGUUUUUAAUGCUAUGUUUCCAUUAUUUGUAUUUAGUUUUAAGGGUUUAUUUUCAAGCUCUUAUCACCAAACUACCGUAAGUUGUAUAAAAACUGAAAAUGUGUUAAACAUAGCAGUCUAUUGGCAAUGCUGUGUAUGCAUGUGUACCAAAACAACACUGAUUACUGUACACGGGGUGUUUAUACUAAGCAUUGCACUAUAUGGGUCUUCCAUUACUUCACAUGGAACAAUCUGUCAUGCACGUGGGAGCCCUGGACAGCGGAAUGAUCCUGCAUUUACACUGUCCUCUGCUUGCUGAAUAUGUUUCAGGCUACACUUAUCUAGAAAGCACAGAGGUGCUGCAGGGGCCCUUCCAUUAUACACCUCAGCAUGUCUGAUAUUGUCUAUAUGAAUUUUUUUUUGGGGGGGGAGGGUGAUCUGUGAACAAACAUCAAUGGUACAUUAUUACAACUUGAUAUAUAAAGUACAGACGCUAGUGUAUGACUGAGGUAUACCCUCUGUACUUCUUGAUAUUUCUUUUUCCUUGGCAUUAUGAAUAUAAAUAUAUAAAUAUAUUUUGUUAUGUACAGAGAUUAAUCAUUAUGCAUGGGUGUUAGGAAACCGAAGCAAACUAGCAUUUUUUCAGAAAGGUUAAGUGCAUGUGUUCAUAUGACGUGGCAACGAUACCAUUGGAAACAUCAGUCCUUCCCCCUACUACGCACUUAGCCAUCCACAAAUACAGAAUUCUUCCUUCCAGACCUCUACCACCUGCCAUUAUUGCUGAGACUUUUGCACCUGUCCAUUGUUAAUACACUUUUUAGCUGAUAGCACCUGAAAACUGCAUUGAAAACAUAGUGAAUGGUUUUUUACAAGACCAUCUUCUUCAUUGCGUUCAAAAAUGUUAUUGCUGCAUUCACAAUGUUAGAAUGCAGCACAAAGAUGCUAUCCGUACAAUAGAUUGUAUUGGUAGAAGCGCAACACAUGAAAAGUGCAUGUAAAACGCGAUAAAACUGCAUCACUCAAACGCGUGUAAAGUGCUUGUUAGUUUUCAUUGGAUUUCCCAAGUGCAUAUAUGUGAAGGAGCCCUAAAGUUGUGUUGUGGGAGACUUCUGGGAAUCUCUGUCGUAGUCCUCACAUGUUUGUGGUCCUUUGUCAGUCAUUACUAUACUGAAUGUGGUUGUACUAGAAAUUUAGCAUACCUUGUCAUCAUAACUCAGAGUACUGAGCCUUACUUGUUGAAUAUAGCUCACAGUAUUUUCAGGCGAUGGCUAAUAUCAUCCUGCACAUUAACACUAGGCCCUGGACUUAGAUCUUAGACAUGUUGCUCUGUCUACAAAUGAAAAUCCUCACUAUCCUCCCCCUCUCAGAUGCGAUGCUUUGCAUGAUAAUAUCAUGAUAGUCACAUCACUAACUAUGAAUGUCAUAAAGAACCUCUAUUAAAUUCUUUUCUACUGUAUUUACUGAA